AUGAAGACUCACAUUGUUUUUAGCCUUUUUGCCUUCAUUUUUAAAGUACUCUUGCUCCAGCUAUAUUUUUUUCACCAAACUUUAGCUGCACCGUCACCAAUCAUUAAGUUUCCUGGAGACAACUCUCCCAAAACAGACAAAGAACUAGCAGUGCAAUACCUGAAUACAUACUAUGGGUGCCCAAAAGACAACUGCAAUUUAUUCGUGCUGAAAGAUACUUUGAAGAAAAUGCAGAAAUUCUUUGGGCUGCCUGAAACAGGAGAUCUGGAUCAAAACACUAUUGAGACGAUGAAGAAGCCCCGCUGUGGUAAUCCAGAUGUGGCCAAUUAUAACUUCUUUCCAAGAAAGCCAAAAUGGGAAAAAAAUCAGAUAACGUACAGGAUUUUAGGGUAUACACCGGAUUUGGACUCUGAAACAGUAGACGAUGCCUUUGCCCGAGCCUUUAAAGUCUGGAGUGAUGUCACACCACUGACAUUUUCCCGAAUUAAUGAUGGAGAAGCGGACAUUAUGAUUAAUUUUGGACGAUGGGAGCAUGGUGAUGGAUAUCCAUUUGAUGGCAAGGAUGGCCUCCUGGCUCAUGCUUUUGCACCUGGGCCAGGUGUUGGAGGCGACUCCCAUUUUGAUGAUGAUGAACAGUGGACUCUGGGAGAGGGACAAGUUGUUAAGGUGAAGUAUGGGAAUGCAGAUGGCGAAUACUGUAAAUUUCCCUUCCUAUUCAAUGAUAAGGAAUAUAACAGCUGUACUGAUGCAGGGCGCAAUGAUGGAUUCCUUUGGUGCUCAACCACAUACAACUUUGAUUCCGAUGGCAAAUACGGAUUCUGUCCCCAUGAAUCUCUUUUCACGAUGGGUGGAAAUAGUGAAGGGCAGCCAUGCAAGUUCCCCUUCAAAUUUCAAGGCACAUCCUACGACAGCUGUACAACAGAGGGAAGGACUGAUGGGUACCGGUGGUGUGGAACUACAGAAGACUACGACAGAGAUAAGAAAUACGGCUUCUGCCCAGAGACUGCAAUGUCAACGGUUGGUGGAAAUUCAGAAGGAGCUCCUUGCGUAUUCCCUUUCACUUUCCUUGGCAAUAAGUAUGAAUCCUGCACAAGUGCUGGACGUAAUGAUGGCAAGAUGUGGUGUGCUUCCACUAGUAACUAUGAUGAUGACCGCAAAUGGGGCUUUUGUCCAGAUCAAGGUUACAGUCUUUUCUUGGUUGCUGCUCAUGAAUUUGGCCAUGCCAUGGGACUAGAGCACUCUGAGGACCCAGGAGCUCUUAUGGCUCCAAUCUACACCUUUACCAAGAACUUCAGACUGUCUCAGGAUGAUAUUAAAGGAAUCCAGGAACUUUAUGGAGGAUCCACUGAUUUUGGGCCAGAUCCAGCUCCAACGCUUGGACCAGUCACCCCAACGUUAUGCAAACAAGACAUCAUAUUUGAUGGUAUAUCCCAAAUUAGAGGAGAAACCUUUUUCUUCAAAGACAGAUUCAUGUGGAGGACUGUAAACCCCCGAAAUAAACCCACAGGUCCCUUGCUUGUUGCUACAUUCUGGCCAGAGGUGCCAGAAAAAAUUGAUGCUGUCUAUGAGGCCCCUCAGGAAGAGAAGACCGUGUUUUUUUCAGGAAAUGAGUACUGGGUUUAUUCAGCCAGUACUUUGGAGAGAGGAUAUCCAAAGAAACUCACCAGUCUGGGGUUACCUCCCGAGGUACAACACGUCAAUGCAGCUUUUAACUGGAGCAAAAACAAGAAGACAUACAUUUUUGCAGGAGACAAGUUUUGGAGGUACAAUGAAGUAAAGAAGAAAAUGGACCCUGGGUUCCCUAAAUUAAUUGCUGAUGCUUGGAAUGGAGUUCCAGAUAACCUAGAUGCUGUGCUGGAUCUCAGCGGAAGUGGGUACAGCUACUUUUUCAAGGACUGGUAUUAUCUAAAACUGGAAGCCACUAGCUUGAAGAUCGUUAAAGUUGGCAAUGUAAAAUCCGAUUGGCUGGGUUGCUGA